GAUAUGAUGAUUAGAGCAUAACCCGAGUGACACGUUGAAUUCGCCAUAAUCAAGGAAACCUUUUCCGGGUGGGGAUCUCUGAAAUUACUCAGUGAGCAACCCUAAUUAACCUGAUUUUUUGCUGAUAAUCACUCUCAAUGGAAUCAAAUCACAAAUCCGGGGAUGGAUUGAGCGGCACCCAGAAGGAAGCAGCCCUACGUGCACUGGUCCAGCGCACAGGAUAUAGCUUGGUCCAGGAGAAUGGACAAAGAAAAUAUGGUGGCCCUCCACCUGGCUGGGAUGCUGCACCCCCUGAAAGGGGCUGUGAAAUUUUUAUUGGAAAACUUCCUCGAGACCUUUUUGAGGAUGAGCUUAUACCAUUAUGUGAAAAAAUUGGUAAAAUUUAUGAAAUGAGAAUGAUGAUGGAUUUUAAUGGAAACAAUAGAGGAUAUGCAUUUGUAACAUUUUCAAAUAAACUGGAAGCCAAGAAUGCAAUCAAGCAACUUAAUAAUUAUGAAAUUAGAAAUGGGCGUCUCUUAGGGGUUUGUGCCAGCGUGGACAACUGCCGAUUAUUUGUUGGGGGCAUCCCAAAAACCAAAAAGAGAGAAGAAAUCUUAUCAGAGAUGAAAAAGGUUACUGAAGGUGUUGUCGAUGUCAUCGUCUACCCAAGCGCUGCAGAUAAAACCAAAAACCGGGGCUUUGCCUUUGUGGAGUAUGAGAGUCAUCGAGCGGCUGCCAUGGCCAGGAGGAAACUGUUACCAGGAAGAAUUCAGUUAUGGGGACAUCCUAUUGCAGUAGACUGGGCAGAACCAGAAGUAGAAGUUGAUGAAGAUACAAUGUCUUCAGUGAAAAUCCUAUAUGUAAGAAAUCUUAUGCUGUCUACCUCUGAGGAAAUGAUUGAAAAGGAAUUCAACAAUAUCAAACCAGGUGCUGUGGAGAGGGUGAAGAAAAUUCGAGACUAUGCUUUUGUGCACUUCAGUAACCGAGAAGAUGCAGUUGAGGCUAUGAAAGCUUUAAAUGGGAAGGUGCUGGAUGGUUCUCCCAUUGAAGUGACCCUGGCAAAACCAGUGGACAAGGACAGUUAUGUUAGGUACACCCGAGGCACAGGUGGAAGGGGUACCAUGCUUCAAGGAGAGUAUACCUACUCUUUGGGCCAAGUUUAUGAUCCCACCACAACCUACCUUGGAGCUCCUGUCUUCUAUGCCCCCCAGGCCUAUGCAGCAAUUCCCAGUCUUCAUUUCCCAGCCACCAAAGGACACCUCAGCAACAGAGCCAUUAUCCGAGCACCUUCUGUUAGAGAAAUUUACAUGAAUGUACCUGUAGGGGCUGCGGGAGUGAGAGGACUGGGCGGCCGCGGCUAUUUGGCAUACACAGGCCUGGGUCGAGGAUACCAGGUCAAAGGAGACAAGAGAGAAGACAAACUCUAUGACAUUUUACCUGGGAUGGAGCUCACCCCAAUGAAUCCUGUCGCGUUAAAACCCCAAGGAAUUAAACUCGCUCCCCAGAUAUUAGAAGAGAUUUGUCAGAAAAAUAACUGGGGACAGCCAGUGUACCAGCUGCAUUCUGCUAUUGGACAAGACCAGAGACAGCUCUUCUUAUACAAAAUAACCAUUCCUGCUCUAGCCAGCCAGAAUCCUGCAAUCCACCCUUUCACACCUCCAAAACUGAGUGCCUAUGUGGACGAAGCAAAGACAUACGCAGCCGAAUACACCCUGCAGACCCUGGGCAUCCCCACCGAUGGAGGUGAUCCUGGUACCAUGACUGCUGCUGCUGCUGCUGCUUUUCCAGGAUAUGCUGUCCCUAAUGCAACUGCACCUGUGUCUGCAGCCCAGCUCAAGCAAGCGGUAACGCUUGGACAAGACUUAGCAGCAUAUACAACCUAUGAGGUCUACCCUACUUUUGCAGUGACUGCCCGAGGGGAUGGAUAUGGCGCCUUCUGAAGAUACUUUUUAAAUUUAAGAAUAAGACACACAAAACUCUAUUUAAAAAAGUAAAUAAAACUCUAACUCAUCCCCUAAUGAUCAUAAGUAACAUCUUUCCUAAAGAAAUGCCUUUCCAGAGACUAUAGCUUAUACCAAUUGUAGAAUCAUGAAGUAAGAAUGUUAUUCUGAAAUGAAAUCAAAUGUUAAAGAACUUUUUGUUUAACAGAAAGCUGGAGAACCACUGCCCCAAAAGUUGUUCUUCCAAUGCUCCUGAGUGUUUGGGGCAUAUGUUUACAAAUCCUGCCAGGGUGGCAAGAGAUCUUUUAGCUGGCAAGAGUUGGGAGGGAUGGGGCAGACCUGAGCAGUCAUUAACAACCAAGGAAGCCAAGUAAACUCCAGAGUCUUACCUCUGGCUUGCAGCUGCUUUUGUGAUACACAAAGUCAUAAAGAGGAAAAGGGAAGGUAGAAUGCAUUUUCAAAAUGCAUUCACCAUGGCCCACUCGGUGGGUCAUGAUUGCAGGCCUGAGCUCAUGAAAGACUGUCCAAGAUUCUGUGGAUUCAACCUCUCUUCAGCCUGAAAAAAUUUCAUCCAGUCGAUUUGUCAUAGAUCAGGAUCUUCCUGUCCCCUGAAGCCCAUGGAGACUUCCUAGAAAUAGAUAUGAUGUGUUGCAGAUAUGGUUAAAACAAAUCCAGGUCCCACUGUUUAUUCAGCUCAUUAGUCCACACCUAUUUUUCCCUAGAACUCCUACCUUUUCCAAUAAUCAUGCCAACAUGAAAUGACUUUUUCUACUUUAAAAUGUUUUGACUUGUUCAUAUUGAUUUAUUUUCAUCAUCUCAGACUCAUUUUUCUCCUACCUAAUAUUAUAAAAAAUGUAAAUCAGAGAUACAGAAUAUCAUUUAUGAUACUUCUUCCUAUUCAGCAAAUUGACUGAAAAGUCAUUUUAAAGAGAGAAGAACAGAUUUGCUCUCAUUUCUUUGAUAUUUUUGCAAUAUCCACCCCACCAUCUAGUAUUCAGAGACAGUUAUAUUAACUUGGGGUUAGCCUUGAAUUAUCUAACCCAUUUAUUUUAAAUCUGCCAGGAAAUCCUCUUUCUUUCCUUCCUUUUUCUUUCAGUGAGUAUCAGGCAGAUUCACCAUACCUGAGUCCUCUUGUCUUGAAGCUGCCACAGAAAAAUCUUAAAUCAAUCAUUGCUGAUUAGAAACUGUUUCAAUCAGCAUGGGUGUCAUUUACCAAAAUCCCCCUAGAGUCCCAAAAUCUCUCUUCUCCAGGAACACCUGAUGAUGAAGAGAGGGGAGCAACAGCACUGCAAAACCUGGAACAGAGGUAAAGAGAAGGCACUACUUUCUUGCCAUAUUUGUAAAUGAUUGCUUGUUCAAACUUAAAUAAUCUAAGUCCAACACCAAAUACCUAUUAUUCCUACUUCAGCCUCAUUCUUGGUUUAAGAUACAGUAAUAGAAUUUUUAUUAUUUAAAAUCCCUUGGCCCUUACAAAAAUCUACAGAACGCAAAGGAAAACAUUAAUACAAAGACAGAAAAUUUUGCCAACUCCUUAAUGGAAUCCUGUGAUCCAAAAGCAGACCAGAUUCUAAUCAAAAUCAGGUAAAUUUCAAUCACAAUUAAAAGUACUUGUAAUAUUUCUGUUGUACUAACUCCAGUGAGGUAACAAAGGCUUCAAGGCUACAACUGAAACUCGGAAAGGCCCUGUGCUUUCUGUUUUACAUUUAGCUUCUAAUAUUUCUUAGGACACAAGUUCCCAAAGUAAGCUGUACAACAGAAUCAUCUGGAGAGCUUUUAAAAAUGCUAAUGCCAAUAUGGUAUCUCAUAACAUUUACAUCAAAAUUUCUUUGGAUGGGUGCCUGGCAUCAGUAUUUUUUAAUGAUCCCUAGGUGAUUUCAAUAUGCACCUAGAUUUAGGAAUUGCUAUAUUCUUGUAUUUAUACUCUGUUUCUUAAUUUCUUUUUUUAUUUCACUUUUAUUAAAUAGAAAAAUGCAAUUAAAAAUCAUCUAAGUUAAAACAAAUAGCCAAAUCAUAUUUAUCCCAUUAACAGUAUGAAUUUAAAAGUAAUUUAUGUAGGCUUGAAACUAACUCUAAAAAGGAGAAAGUAAAACAACUUUCUCCUAAAGCAAUUCUUAAAUUCAAAUUUACACUCUCCCACAGAUCUGCUUUUAUUCUCAAAGAUAGUAAUUACAUUGACAUACAAAUGUCCAUUGGGGCAGGCAAACUUUUACUCAGUCUAAAAAUGCAUUCCAAAUUCUAGGAGCAGAAGAUCUGAUUUUCCUUAAAAUCUUUGAAAAUAAAUAGCAAAGGGUAUUUAUUAUCAGAUGGCUUGUCAGUGCAGAUUAGGUUUGAUUCGAAGAAGUUUUAAAUUUAAUCAAAAUGAAAAAAUAGUUAAUACUGGAAUUUCUUUAUGAGAAAAAAUUCAUUAUUCUGGAUAAAGUCAUAAUUGCUUUUAUACAAGAUAAAGAACAAACACCCAAACAUACAAUAAUACCAAAAUAUCGAGAAAAUUACCACGGGAACACCAUCUCAAGUUAUCACACCAUUUACCUCCCUAGAGCCAGUUUUGUACAAAUAGGUAGAUGUGGUUUUGGUUUUUUGCUAAAAUUUUGUUUUAGUAGUAUCUAGGGAAUACUUCGAAUUCCAUUAAAUUAUAUUCAUAGAAA